GAAGUAUGAGUGGAACGUGUCAGCAGCAAAGUUUCUAUGUUCGACAGGAAUACUAAUGAAGGAGAUUUGAGUUUUUGUAGUUGUUAUAGUUACGGGGUUUUUGAGAUUUAGAUAUGAAGUGUUGGAUUGAAUUUGGAGAAAAUGAAUAAAACUAUUUUGUGCUAAGACGUGUGAUUAUUGACUUAUAUUUGGAGUAGCACAAUUGGCGACGAGAAGUGGUAAUUUUACCCAUAGGACGUUGAUUUCUGAACAAGGGCAGUCCAAGACAACGAGCUCAGAAGAGUCGAAAAAGUUUAUUGAUCAUGACAGACAACAAUAUAAAACCCUUUCUCUGCGAUAACCUCGACAAGGCUUUGAUCAGGGGAGAAUGGGAAAAAUGGUUACGUUCUUUGGAAUUAUAUCUAGCUUCGGAGGAUAUAACAAAUGUUGUUAAGAAGAGGAACAAACUUCUACAUCUUGGAGGAUCGCAGCUUCAAGAAGUAGCAUAUAAUCUUCCAGGAGCAUUAGAAAUCUUCGAUAAAGACAUAAAUAACGACGUUUUCAAAACCCUUGUUGAAAAACUGACCGAUUAUUUUUCACCAAAACAGAACUCAACUUUCGAACGGCACAUAUUCAGAAACAUCAAACCUGAACAAAAUGAAAACUUUAGUAAAUUUGUUCUUAAAAUCAGGAACCAAGCGAGCAAGUGUUCAUUUGGAAAUUCGGCACAAGAAUCGAAUGAAAUAAAUAUUAAAGACAAGAUAAUUGAUAGUUGGGCACCUCUAGAUUUGAAGAAGAAACUGCUGGAAAAAGAAAGAUCACUAGAUGAAGUACUCAACCUAUGCCAAAUUCACGAACAAAUUGGUAGUCAGUCUAAAGCUAUGGAUUUAGCUGACACUGGACCUAGUACAUCAUUCGGUGUCAACAAAAUUGAACCCUUCAACAACGAACGUGGUACUCACUGUACGAGAUGUGGAAAACGCAACCACUCUGUACCUUCAAAAGAAUGCCCUGCUAAAAAUUCCAAAUGUAAUAAAUGCGGGUUUGUAGGCCACUAUGCAUUUCUAUGCAGAACCGACCUACAAAGGAAACGGUUUUCUUAUAACAGAAAUUCUUCACAUGAACCUCAAAACAAACGAAGGAGGACAAGUUCUAGGGUUAACCGUAUAGAGGAAGAAGAAACAGAAAUGGAAGGGACAGUUGGCAUCAGAAAUUUCCAAUGCUUCAAGGUGUCAGGUAUAUGUCCAGAAGACCAGAAUGAUAACCUUAUAGAAUGCAACAUAGGAGGUGUACCUAUCACCGUAUUGAUAGAUUCAGGCUCGAAAGUGAAUAUAAUAAAUGGUGGUGACUGGGAAUCGUUAAAGAAAAUGAAAGCUGUAACAUGGGACAUCAACUCUCAAUCCCAACAUUCCCUCAGAGGAUACGCAGCGGGAGAACCUCUGGACGUCAGUCACACGUUCGAAACAACAGUGAGUUUACAGGGUAAGCCCGAAAUAAUUACAAACUUUUAUGUUGUAGAACAGGGAGACAUCUCGAUUCUAGGUAAAGAUGUCGCAAAACGAUUAGGUAUCCUGAAAUUAGGCUUGAACAUUAACCACAUCGAGGAAAUAAAAUCGUUUCCUAAGAUUAAAAAUAUCAAAGUCAAAUUAACAAUCAAUUCUCAAAUCAAACCUGUUAAACAACCAGUCAGAAGAGUCCCAAUUACUUUAGAGGCUAAAGUAGAGAGAAAACUAAAAGAAGCACUUUUGUCUGAUAUCAUAGAGAAAGUUACUGAACCAAGUGCAUGGAUCUCACCCAUAGUAGUGGUUUUGAAACCCAACGAUGACAUCCGCAUUUGUGUGGAUAUGCGCCGUGCCAAUGAAGCAAUUCUGAGGGAGAAUUACCCAAUUCCAACUUUCGACUCUUUCAUGACUAAACUCCGGGGAGCAAAGUUUUUCUCUCGACUUGAUUUAGCCAAUGCAUACCACCAACUUGAACUUGAUGAGGAAAGCCGCCCUAUUACUACUUUCAUUACCCACAAAGAAAAAGAACAUGAUUACUGCCUGAAUAACGUACUAGAGGUAUUCAAGGUAAACAAUGUUCUCCUAAACGAAGAGAAAUGUAUAAAAAAGGUCAAGGAGCUUUAUUUUCUCGGCCACAAGCUCUCCGACAAAGGAAUCGAAGCAGACCAUGCGAAAAUAAAAACAAUAUUACAGUUCCGACCACCGACUACAAAAGAAGAAACAAGAAGCUUUCUUGGACUCGUCACCUAUCUAGGGAAGUUCAUACCAGAUCUGGGAACCACAACGGAACCACUUCGGAGGCUGAUUAGAGAAAACCAGAAGUUUGAAUGGUGUCAAGUCCAGCAAGAAAGUUUUAACAAACUAAAAAAAUCGCUGGCGACUCUACCGAUAUUAUCAUACUUUGAUCCUCAGCUGAGAACCCGUCUAGUAGCAGAUGCUAGCCCUGUGGCACUGGGAGCUGUACUUUUACAGUUUAAUGAACAAAGAACACCACAAGUUAUAUCGUUCGCUAGUAAAAGUCUUUCGGCUACAGAAAAACGCUAUUCGCAAACGGAAAAAGAAAGCUUAGCUCUCGUUUGGGCCGUGGAGCGUUUCCAUUAUUAUCUAGCGGGUUUGGAAUUUGAAUUAGUCACGGACCACAAACCUUUAGAGGCAAUUUUCAAACCAUCGUCGAAGCCACCAGCUCGAAUCGAAAGAUGGGUUCUCAGGCUACAGGCUUACAAAUUCAAAGUUAUCUACCAAUCGGGGAAACUAAAUAUAGCCGAUUCAUUAUCAAGACUAUGCCAACUCGAUGAAGAGUCAUCGUUCGACAAGGAAAACGAAUAUCACGUCCGUGCCCUGCUUGAAAUUGACUCACCAGCAGCUAUGAGUAUUAGCAAAAUUAUAAGUGAGAGUCAACAUGAUCGGAAAAUAUCUGAUGCAGUAAAGAAGAUCAAGGAUGAUUGUUGGGAAAUUGCAGACAAAAAUGCUCUUUACCCCUUUCGCCAAGAGCUGAUGACAAUAGGAUCAGUAAUUCUGCGAGGAAGUAGACUAGUUAUACCUGAUUCGUUGAAAGCCGAGGUAUUACAAUUAGCCCACGAGGGGCAUCCGGGAGAGACGGUGAUGAAAAGGAGACUGAGAGCUAAGGUUUGGUGGCCAUUUAUGGACAGAGAAGUCGAGAAAUUUGUAAAAAAUUGUAGAGGCUGCUUAUUAGUUACAAUUCCGGAUAAACCACCACCGAUGAAAAGGCAUAAAUUCCCGGAAGGGCCGUGGCAAUGUGUAGCAAUAGAUCUUAUGGGACCCUUGCCAAAUCAAGAUCAACUCUUGGUCAUAAUAGACUACUAUUCAAGGUACCAAGAAAUAAAAUUUCUCAGAACGACUACCUCCGCUGUCAUUAUAAAUCACUUGUCAGAGAUAUUUUGUCGCCUAGGAAUACCAAGAUCUAUUAGAGCGGACAACGGACCCCAAUUUGCCAGUCAAGAGUUCAAGAAUUAUUGUUCACACAAUAAUAUUGAAUUGAUCCACACACCACCAUAUUGGCCUCAAGCAAACGGCGAGGUAGAAAACAUGAAUAGGGCUAUAUUAAAGAGAUUACAAAUAGCUCAGGCCAAUAAACAAAAUUUUAAAACGGAACUUCAAAAAUUUACAAUGAUGUAUAAUGUAACGCCACAUGGAACCACCGGUAAAUCACCAUCAGAACUGAUGUUCAACAGAACCAUUCGUGACAAAAUCCCAUCUAUGGCAGAUCUAGUUGUUGAGCCGGUAGACGAAGAAGCGCGCGAAAAUGACAUGGUGAAUAAACAAAAAGGAAAGGAAAAGGAAGAUUCAUCAAGACGAGCAAAAAUAAUCGAAAUAAAACAAGGUGACAAAGUGUUAGCGAAGAAUAUGAUAAUUCCCAACAAACUGAUACCGAGAUUCAAUAACGAAGAGUUCACUGUAGUGGAAAGAAAGGGAAAUGAAGUAACCCUUUCAAGUGAAGAUGGUCAGAUAGUAAAAAGGCACGUUAGCCACUUGAAGAAACUCCCCGAACCAAUACAGGGGUGCGAUGAAACUGAUAUUUCCAGAAACAAACCAGAUCUUAGGUCAGAAUCGCCAAAUCCCAUUACACAUCCCUUAUCUCCGAAGCUUAUCAACGAAAGUGAACCAGAGAAGGAAAUAUCUAAAGUAUCAGGAAAGCUGCCAUUACUGAAGUUGAAAAAAAUGGAGGGAAUGUGGCACUGUACAAGCUGA